GUAAGAUAUUCCCAUAAAAUAAUAUUCUCUCUCUCUAAAAAGAAAAAAAAAAGAUAUAUCGCAUUCAAGAACAAAGGGGAAGAAGAAGAAAAAAGCUGAAAUGGUGUCGACGAGGCGAAGUGGAUCUCUGCCGUCGAAUAACAGUAAGAGAUCGUCUUCGCCGUCCGAUGAUACUCACAACAAACCUUCCUCCCCAAAGCGUCAGAAGGGUGAAAGCUGCGGCGACAAGAUUAACAGCACCAAUCCGAGCGCGUCGGUGGCUUCGCCGGCGGAGAUUCCGAAGGAAGUAAGCUCAACUGAUCCGCCGGCUGUGCCCAUCACCGCCGCCGCUGACGCCGCUGACGCCGCUGACGUCACCGCCACCGCCGCUACAACCGCCCCAGAUGCCGACGCCUCCGUGUCCUUGGCUACUCCUGUGGCCGCAGAAGGGGUUGCGCCGGCGGCUGCCGCCGCGGACAAGACUAGGAGCUCUUUCACUUCGUGGAAGCAGCACCAAGGUUACGAAACAACCUCCCCUUGGUGUAGGCUUCUCACAGAAACUUCACAGAACCCCACUGUUUCUGUGUACACAACCAAUUUCUUGGUGGGCUCGAGCAAACACGCUAACCUUUUGAUCCGGGACCAGACCAUUAGUGCCAAUCUGUGCUCGAUAAGGCUCGAUCAGCGCGAAGAUAAAGCCGUUGCGAUUCUCGAAAGUCGAGGGAGCAAAGGAUGUGUGCAAGUCAACGGGAAAACAAUCAAGAAAAACACCAAUUGCGAUCUCAAUUCAGGCGACGAAGUGGUUUUCGGUUUUCUUGGAAACCAUACAUAUAUUUUCCAGCAGCUACCUUACGAUAGUAUAAUCAAGACCCCUUCUUCGACAGAUGUCCACACAAAUCUUGGAAAGGCAGUCCCUGUCGAACGGAGAGCGGGUGACGCAUCGGCUGUGGCAGGCGCUUCGAUUUUGGCGUCGCUUUCUAAUUUGAGGCAAGAUUUGUCUCGUCUCAAACCCACUUCUCAGGCCAGUGGUAAAAAUAACCGGGCCCCAUCUCCCGUUCUUAAUGAAGAAGAUGUUGAUGGUCAAGAAGUCAACUCAGCUACAAAUUUAGGGAGCGAAGAUGCCAAGAUGCUCCCCGUUGACGGCAAUAUUGAAGCGGGAUCUGAGGAAGAAAGGGAUUGGAUUAGGGAUAUUGUGCCGGCAUCUUUAUCAGCGAUUUGUUUGCGUGGCGCAGCAUUUAGAGAGGACAUAAUUGCGGCGGUUUUUGAUGGGCGAGAGUUGGAUGUUUCAUUCGAUAAUUUCCCAUAUUAUUUGAGUGAGAGCACAAAAAGCGUGCUUAUUGCAGCGUCGUUUAUACAACUGAAGCACAGGGAGCAAGUUAAAUUUACAUCCGAACUUCCGACAUUGAAUCCAAGAAUCUUGCUUUCUGGUCCCGCAGGGUCGGAUAUUUAUCAGGAGAUGCUGGCGAAGGCGCUUGCUCACUAUUUUGGGGCUAGAUUGCUUAUUUUCGACACCCAUUCAUUUUUGGGAGGUUCCUCUAAAGAUGCCGAAAAGUUGAAAGAGGGAAACAAUACAGAAAAAGAUCCGGGGCCCACAGACAUUGCAAAGGAUACUGGACUUUCGUCUGCUGAAGCGGAAACCUCUAAUUUGCCGACGAAAAAUGAAACCGAUAACGGACCAUCUUCGACGAACGCAACUAAUAAGAAUGUUCCAAUCAAAUUUGGUGAUAGAGUUAAAUUCGUCGGCCCUGCUUCUGGUGGAUUAUAUGCCACUACUUCUGCCAGGGGCCCCACUUCUGGAAUGAGAGGGAAGGUUCUUCUACCGUUUGAAGAUAAUCCCGUGUCGAAAAUUGGAGUAAGAUUCGACAAACCAAUGCAAGACGGAGUUGAUUUCGGAGGUCUCUGCGAUACCGGUCACGGUUUCUUCUGCAAUGCCGACGAGCUUCGCUUGGAUACCUCAGGCGUGGAGGAUCUUGACAAGUUACUUAUUAACACCAUGUUUGAGGCCGUAUUUGAUAUGAGCAGAGACACGCCAUUCAUUUUGUUUAUGAAAGAUGCGGAGAAGUCCAUGGCUGGAAAUUCGGAGUCGUAUGCUAUAUUCAAAACGAAGCUGGAUAAGCUUCCUAAUAAUGUCGUAAUCAUCGGUUCGCAAACUCAGACCGACAAUCGUAAAGAAAAGUCUCAUCCAGGCGGUUUGCUUUUUACGAAAUUUGGAAGCAAUCAGACUGCUUUGCUUGACUUGGCUUUCCCUGAUAGUUUCGGAAGGUUGCAUGAUAGAACCAAGGACGUUACAAAAGCAACGAAGCUUCUGUCGAAGCUUUUCCCGAAUAAAGUCACCAUUCACUUGCCUCAGGACGAAGCACUCCUCGUCAGUUGGAAGCAGCAAUUGGAACGAGAUGCCGAAACCCUGAAACUUAAAGCAAACCUGAAUAAUUUACGAACUGUUCUCAAUCGUAACGGGAUGGACUGUGACGGACUCGAGACUUUGAACAUUAAAGACCAAACACUUACAAUCGAGAGUGCGGAAAAGGUGGUCGGCUGGGCUUUAAGCCACUAUUUGAUGGAAAAUACUGAAGCUGCAGAAAACGGGAGGCUCGUUCUUUCUACAGAGAGCAUUAACUAUGGCAUUGGGGUUCUACACGCGAUCCAAAAUGACUCCAAGAGUUCGAAGAAGUCUUUGAAGGAUGUUGUGACAGAGAAUGAAUUUGAAAAGAGGCUAUUGGCUGAUGUCAUCCCUCCGAGUGAUAUCGGUGUCACAUUUGAUGAUAUUGGAGCACUCGAAAAUGUCAAAGAUACUCUCAAGGAGUUGGUCAUGCUCCCUUUACAGCGCCCCGAACUUUUCUGCAAAGGUCAACUCACUAAGCCAUGCAAAGGUAUUCUUUUAUUUGGUCCACCCGGAACGGGAAAAACUAUGCUCGCAAAAGCUGUUGCAACCGAAGCUGGUGCAAACUUCAUCAACAUUUCAAUGUCCAGUAUUACCUCAAAGUGGUUUGGCGAGGGCGAGAAAUACGUCAAGGCUGUUUUCUCGUUGGCAAGCAAAAUUGCUCCUAGCGUUAUAUUUGUCGAUGAAGUUGAUAGCAUGCUUGGACGAAGGGAAAACCCGGGAGAACACGAGGCGAUGCGUAAAAUGAAAAAUGAAUUUAUGGUGAACUGGGAUGGGCUUAGAACUAAAGAUACCGAACGAGUUCUUGUACUUGCUGCCACUAAUAGGCCCUAUGAUCUUGACGAAGCUGUUAUUAGGCGGCUCCCACGCAGAUUGAUGGUCAAUUUGCCAGAUGCUGCUAAUAGAGGGAAGAUACUCGGAGUGAUACUAGCAAAAGAGGAUUUGUCUCCCGAUUUGGAUAUGGAUUCUGUUGCAAAUAUGACGGAUGGUUAUUCCGGAAGUGAUCUUAAGAAUUUGUGUGUGACGGCUGCUCAUCGUCCAAUUAGAGAGAUUCUGGAGAAGGAGAAAAAGGAACAGGAUGCUGCUCUUGCCGAAGGUAAACCAGCACCAGCUUUGAGUGGCAGUGCUGAUAUUCGCCCACUUAAUAUGGACGACUUCAAAUUUGCUCACGAAAGGGUAUGUGCGAGCGUUUCGUCGGAGUCAAUAAACAUGACGGAGCUUAUCCAGUGGAACGAACUUUACGGCGAAGGUGGCUCCAGAAGGAAGAAAUCCCUUAGCUACUUCAUGUGAAAGGUGCCCUCUGUACAAAUAGUCCUCCCCCCCCUCGUUUCGGCGUUGUAAAAUGGCGUAUAGGUCUUUUUUUUGAAGUUUAAAAAUUUGUACCGAGUUUUUUCUUUUUCUUUUUUUUUUUCUUUUUCGGAGACGUUUAAAGGAAGUAUUAGCUUUUGGUUUUGUCGAAUAGGAAAACGGGAGAUGGGUGGAUUCAGUUGAUCAUAUCCCCAAAAAAUAGGUGCAGGUUCGGAGAAGGGAAUUAAUUAUAGUUUGUGAUCCUGUCCAUAUAUAGUUGCUACCAUUCUUCAUUUGUUGUUUAUGUUAACGAAUAAUAAGAAAUGAGACGCUUUUUUCGUUUCUUAAUAAUACUUUGCUCUUGCUAUUUCU